GAAAAAAGAUAGUACAUCACGCCAUUAUAUAAUCAGAGAAAAAUUUUAUUUUUGAAAUGUCUUUUUAUUUGUAUAAUCAUUCCGUGCUUCAUUCACGCCAUAAUAGAGUUCCAAUUUGGAAUUGCUGAAAUUAUUUAAAAUGCAACUUAUUAAAAAAUUUGUUGUAAGUUUGGUAAAUGCUAAUAAUACUCUGGGUUUAAAAUUACAGCCAAUAUCCUCGCUUGUCCUUUCCCCCUUUCUUUGUCGUCCUUCAAAUCGAAGGUUGGCGACCUUCAAUUACCUGGAGAAAUCAACUGUAAGCCAUAAUUCCUCUAAUGAAUUAGAGUAUGCUCUGCUCGUUUUCUGCUGAGUUUUCUUUAAAUCUUGAUCUUUCAGUGCUCACAUGGGAACAUAGAGAGAGAGAGAUUGAUGUUUUAUAGAAAGAAAGAACAAGGAAAAUGAAACUUAAGCUUUGUGUGGGAGAGAGAAGGUGAGUGAGACUGCAUGCGACGAAUCCAUCAAGUUUCGGACUUCAAUGGCGUCGUUGUGGUCUGAUCCGUCUGGGUUAUGGAGAUCGGACAUUGGAGCUCCUAGCUAGCGAUAAAUAUGGAGCUGUAGAUCCCAAGAGAAAUUGAAAUAUAUUGGAAUGGCUAUGGGGAAACGGGAUGAGAGAGAGAGAGAGAGAGAGAUUGGAUGGUUUGGAUUGUGCCGUGGGCUGGGAGGUCGCGGCGGCGGCGGAAGGAACCCAGGUAAAAGUAUUAGAAAUUUUUCAAUAAGGGCUGGUAUUUAUUUAAUUAAUCCAUGGCCUGGUAUUUGUUUAAUCAAUCUAUGGCCUGUUAUGUGUUUAAUUAAUUUCAAUAUGACUUAGAUUUUAGGUAAAAAUAUUAGAAAUUUUCUAUUAAACUAUUUGAUGGUCAUUACUUUUACGUAAGUGAAGACGUAGAAGAUAAACAUUGAAGAAAAAAAAAUGGAGAAGAUAAGCUUAUUAUAAAAAAAAUUAAAAUAAAUUAUCAUCCAACAUCAUGAUAUUUUAACUCACCUCUAUAUGGACUUUGUGUUCACGGCUGAAAUGGGUCUUAGAAAUAAAAUCAGAUUAGCACGGAUUCGUAUGAUAAAAUUUGUUACAUAUGUUUAAAGAUAAAUUAGAUAACGCAUGUUAUUUGAAUUCAUAAUCAAUCAAAUCUUGUUCAUUUUAUAUUUUGACACAAUAAAUAAUGAACUGGACUGAAGUCUAUUUUAGUACAUACAUACUCGCAUUUUGUGAACAAUUUCUCUUCAUUUUGUUGUAUUAUAAAGUGUUGAUUAUUGUAAAAAUUCUAAAAAAAAAAAUCAAUUAUGAGACAAUAAAAAAAAUAAUGUGGCAGUUUUAUUUUUAAAGUGGACAUUUUUCUAUUGUUAUUUUCUAUUUUUAGUUAUUAAAUGAAGUAUGUUAUACCUAUAUGGGUGUGAGAUUGGUAUAAAAUUUAUGUUCAUGUAAUUAAUAAAUUGUCGAUUUUUUUUUAAUUUUAUUUUUUAAUUUUAAUAAAAUGGUUAGAAUGAAAAUUUAUGAACGUUUGAUUGACAAUUAAAGUUAUAUUAAUAUGUAGUUUAGAUUUGUUACAACCUAUCCCAAUCUCAAAUAGGCGUAUAUAAAGUGAGAAGGCUAGGUAAAACUUUCAAAAUAUCUUAAAAAGCGUGUAGUGCCGGUUAUAAAAAAGAUCUUAUGAUUAAUUCUUUUUGUACACUUUUUGUAACAUGUAAGUUCAUAUUAGCACGUCGUGGUUCAAAAAAUACCUUAUACACACGCGUAUGAAGGCUAGUAUUUAAGAAAUUGAAUUUUAAUUUCACAACUAUCUUCAUUGAGUGCGUCAAUCUGAAAGACUAUUCAAGAACACUGUUUUUUUAAAAGUCAAACUAUUUUGACCGUGUGGUGUGUAGAUAUUUUAAAUAAGUUGAAUGCACGGUAAUAUCGAAGCAUGUGGCUGGUAAUUCGGUGUCUCGUAUCGCUUCCUGACGCCUAUAUAGAUGUGCUGAAACUCGGAGUCGAAAACAAACAACGCGCCUAACAUUCUCAGUGUCACAACAAACUAGAUUAUUUUACGUUCUCUCCGUAAAUCCAUUGGAAUUUCUGUUGUUCUUUCAUCACCCAAGAAGAGAUUACGUUGGUUUCUUUGAGGAAUAUUAAGACGGUGCUUCUCGAAUAGAAGAGUGUUUGAAGAUGAACAAUACUCAGCCUGAUGAAAUGCUUAAAUGUUCGUCUGCGGUGCCUGAACCGCCAUCGGUUACAGUCGGGUUGGAUUUGCCGUUGAAGGAGUUGAAGAUGAAGCUCCUUAGGGAUGAAAAGGUGUCUAUGCUUGUGCUGACUGCUGCUGGAGGAUGUGGGAAAACCACCUUGGCUCAAAUGUUUUGUCAGGAUCAACAAGUCAAAGAUACAUUCAAGAAUAACAUCUUUUUUGUCAAUGUCUCGAAAAAGCCCAACUUGGACCUUAUUGUACACCAACUAUAUCAACGGAAGGGGUCCGAGCUGCCUGCUUUCGAAAACGAAGUCAUGGCAGCUAACUGGUUGCAACAAUUUCUGAAGGAAUCAAGACAAAAUCCUCUACUGUUUGUCCUGGAUGAUGUUUGGUCAGGAUCAGAGUCCCUUCUUGAGAAGUUUGAUCAAUUCAAGUUUUCAAAUUACAAGAUUUUGGUUACAUCAAGAUUUGCAUUUCCAAGAUUCGGUUCUUCUUAUCAUUUGGCACCAUUGAAUGAUGAAGAUGCAAUGGUUCUUUUUCACCGUUCGGCAUCCUUGGAGGAUAAGAGCUCUUCUUACAACGAUCUUUCGAGAAAGAUUAUCAAGCGCUGUAAGGGAUGCCCACUUGCCAUUGCAUUGGUUGGGAGAUCACUUCGCGGCCAGCCUAUAGAAAUCUGGCAGAAAAGAGUAGUGGAAUGGUGCAAAGGUUCAUCUAUUCUUGAUUCUGACAAGGAUUUACUUGCUUGCCUCCAAAGCAGCUUAGAUGCCUUGGAUAACGAAAAGGCUAUCAUCAAGGAAUGUUUCCUCGAUCUAGGUUCUUUUCCGGAGGACCAAAGAAUUGCUGCUGCCGCCCUCAUUGAUAUGUGGGCGGAGUUAUAUGGUCUAGAUGAGGAAAUUUUGACCAUUGCCAACCUUCACGAGCUCACCGCCCGAAGUUUAGCAAAUCUUGUUGAUACAAGGCAUGAGAGGGAGGCGGAUGGCUAUUACACUGAACACUUUGUCACCCAGCACGACAUGCUUAGAGAGUUGGCGAUCCAUCAGGCGAGUCAAGACCCAAUAGAACAUAGGAAACGACUAUUUAUAAACAUAUGUGGGGACAAACUUCCUAAGUGGUGGACAGAACAAAAAUAUCAAGCGAUCAAGGCUCGACUAUUAUCUAUCUCAACAGAUGGAGCCUUCUCAGCAAAAUGGCCAAACAUGCAAGCACCUGAAGCAGAGGUUCUAGUUCUGAAUUUUCAAACAAAGAACUAUGCCUUACCUGAGUUUGUGGAGAAACUGGAUAAACUAAAGGUUCUAAUACUAAAAAAUUAUGGUUUGUUACCUGCUGAACUAGAUAAUUUUGAACUACUUGGUUCGUUAUCAAAUCUUAAGAGAAUUAGAUUAGAACGUAUUUCAAUUCCUUCCAUAAGCAAGGUCCUCAAACAGUUGAAAAGUCUGCAAAAGAUAUCUUUUUUCAUGUGUGAUAUCGGCCAAGGUUUCGUCCAAAUUUUAGAUGCACUGCCAAAUCUAAUGGAAUUGAACAUUGAUUAUUGCCAUGAUCUGGUGCAACUUCCUGCCAACCUUUGUGACCUUGUUCACCUUAAGAAGCUUAGCAUCACCAACUGUCAUAAGCUAUCUGUCUUGCCUGCAGACAUCGGAAAGCUAGUCAAUCUUGAAGUGUUGAGGCUUAGGUCAUGUGCAGACUUGUUAGAGUUGCCAGGCUCGAUUAGGAACCUUAAAGUUUUGAAAUUUCUCGACAUAUCCGAUUGCUUUAGCAUAAAGGAGUUGCCCGAGGACAUUGGUGCAAUGUGCAGCAUGGAAAAGAUCAACAUAAGCCAGUGUUCAAGACUGAAAGAGCUGCCUGCUUCUGUUAUGGAUCUUAAGCAGUUGAACGAAGUGAUGUGCGACGAGGAGACGAAAACUUUAUGGGAACGCUUCUUGCCAUUUCUCACAAACAUACGCAUAAAGGUGAUCAAAGAAGAUAUCAACCUAAAUUGGCUCAACAAGCUUCCACCCUAAGGCCAUGGUCCUUCCGUCAAUGAGUAUUGGUGCAAUGUAUGCAACGUGAUUGUGUUUAAUGUUAUUUUUCCUUUGUAAUUUGCUUCUAUUUUAUGUUUUAUAUGAUUUUAAAUAACUUGGCGGUACUGUAGUAUUAUUGUAAGUACUCACCAUGGGUAUUAUUGUAAAAACAUGUAUGCACUCCUUGUUGUUCAA